CAGAGAGACCUUGCUGCUUCGAGAAACCCGUCCCUGUUUACAGUACGUCAUCAAACGGACCCUUUAAAGCGUCUGUAGCGGCUGUAAUGGCACAAUAUUCGGGAGCGAAGCAAUAUCAGAGUAUGAAAACACUGUCUCCAGUCGAAACGAUGGCAACUAACGAUCCUCUACCACCUGGGUGGGAGAUCAAAAUUGACCCGCAGACAGGUUGGCCCUUUUUUGUGGAUCACAACAAUCGUACAACGACGUGGAACGAUCCGAGGCAUGACACGAAAAAGAUUUUUUUAAAUGGCCCCUCUAUGUCCCCUGAGUCACCUCAGGACAUGCACAAAUCCUUUAUUCAAGAGAUGAGGCAACCAAUGCUACGCCAGGGCUACAUCCCCAUCCCAAUCUCCCAUGAAAACACUGAACCCAGGCUGCAGCAGUAUCCGAGCUUCUCCUACAUCCAUCCAGUAGUGCAGCAAAAUUUGAGAACAGAUGGACGUACGCCUUCCCCAACCCCAACAGCACACUGUCGGCCUAGAUCUCCAGUGCAGGCCCCAUCAGAGGCAUGUUUGUCUUGCUCACCUGCUUCACACGGGCCUGAGGUUCAUCAACCACAGGGCACACACCAACAAAUGAGUGGCCUUCAUCAACAGCCCCGACCCAGCAAUACAGGUCUCCGGGCGGGCUACAUCCCCAUUCCGGUGAUCCAUGAGGGUAUAGGGUGUGCCUCACAACACCAGCCUAGCCAAAGUUCUCAUCUCACACGAGAAAAAAUCCCAAUCUACCGUGAACAAGUGCCCAUUCAGAUUCAGCAGAAUCGAACUGCCAGUCCUAUCCUAUUAAGGGCCCAGUCACCAGUCAUGUCUCAGCUCAUGGGAGAGAGACCCCAGGUCCAGCAACACAUUGGACACGCAGCAAUACCACCUAAAGCUGAACAACCUGUUGAAGAAAUUGUCAGAGCGGCUGCAUUUGAGAUUCCCAUUCAAAGAGUGAGUGAUGUUCCUCAGCAAAUACAUCAUCAGCCAGUACAUCAACAACAACAACCUACACAAGCACCCCAGCCAAAAGCACAACAACCCGUACCACAGUCACCACAGGUAUCAGAGACAUCCAAUAUUACCAUACAAUUUCCUCCAGCAACAGAACCCUGGGAAACCACUGCCCCUCAAACACCUCAAGAGGUCCCACCCCCACAAUUCCAGCCUGAGGAGACUUCAGAACAAAAUCUGUGCCACCCAGGACUGAUCAAAGUUCAGCAGAUAUGGGAACGUGUGGAGAAACUGGCACAAGAUGUGAAAAGUUUUGAUGGGAAGAAGAAUGAUAAAAGAUACUUGAUGCUGGAGGAGAUGUUGACCAAACAACUUCUGGCUCUGGACUCGGUAGACCCUGAAGGUCGCCCAGAUGUGCGUCAGGCUCGAAGGGAUGGCGUCCGCAGAGUUCAAACCAUUCUAGAUGAACUGGAGAUGUUUGGAGAGCCGACGGAAGGGCUGGCUGGUGACCCGUACCCUGAGUCAAGUAUGAUUCUCAAGGCAAACUCAGAGAAGGUCAAGGAGAUUUUAUAAUUGCACAAAGAAGGCACACAUUUUUGAGAAGAACACUAAUCAGAUCUCCAUUCUUGUUUUUACUUGCGCAAUUAUUAUUAGUUGCAUGCAUGAGUAAUUGAAGUUUUCUGUUGGAAAUGAUCUAACGUGAUUUGUUUACUGAGUGCAAUCAUGUGUGCUGUUAUGUGAUGCUGCUGUUGUCAAAUCACACCAUGCCAGUGUCUUGUAGCAAAAGACAAAGUGGUGACAGGUUAUAUUCAAAAACAAAUGAAAACGAGGCCUUGAACAGAAGAAAGUAUUUUAACGUUCAAAAAGUAUCUUUUGUACCAUGUUGAAUGAAUGAUAAAAUGUUUUUGAAUAUUCCUUAAAAGUUUUCACUAUAACAGCCCACUUCUUCAUUAACAACUUCUUAUUUGAUUUAAAAAACAUUUAAUGUGUGGGCUACAAAAAAUAUAUAAAGGCAUUUUGAAUUUUGGCAUAUAUAUAUUCCUGCCUUUAAAUAUAACCAUUUGAACAUCAUGCAGGAGAAUAAUUCAUUGUUGAAAGUGAGCUUUGCUGACAGAAUUCCCUAUGAUGGUUUGAAUGCUUGUCAGUAUUAUUAUUUGUUGAGUGACAGUGAUACAAAUUAUAUAUUUUUAUUCUAUUUUUCUGUGCCAAAAUGAACAUUUCCAGUAUUAAGAAUGUUCACCUAAUAAUGUUCAAAUGUUGAAUCUAAAAACAAAAACAUUAUAAAAUUCUCACUGAAUAUAUGGUCACCUUAUGAUUAAAGCAGCCAGGGUCAGUCCAAAGUUAUGGUGAUCUAUGAACUCGUCAGGUACCAAAACAAUCCCAUUUAAUCAACCUUGUGCCCUUGAGGAAGGAAACUUAAACACUUGCUCUAAGGGACUAGAAAUUAGUGUACCAAAAAUUACUUUGUAUAAUGUGUCAGCUCAAUUCUGUUUAAAACAAAGUGCUGUGUCUCACAUGACUGUUGUGAGACCUUUUUAUCUCAAUGACCUGUUACUGACUCUGAUAUCGUACUAAACCUGCAAACAAAACUGGUUUCAAAUUCUGUUUUGUGAAAUAGUAUGCAAUGUUCAGUGUUCACAGCUUGGUUAUUUGCAGUUUGUUAAAAUGUCAACAUGGUGACAUAAGCAUGACUGCAAAUACAAUAUAAUAAAGCACUUUGCUUACAUAAAGUUGCAUGGUGUGUAAUAUACAACCACUUUUUUUAAUGUACACUGUGUAGAGUAACUUUACCAUCAAAUAGCUUAUUAAAUAUCAUUCUACAGUGUUAACAGUAUUAUAGGGCAAGAUUAUAGU